CCCCAAUCGACGGUGCCCUCGACGGCUCGACCAUCUACUCCUCUUCCUCUCACCACCGUCCAAUCACCGGCGACACUUCAACAGGUCAAUGCUGCACCACCGCUCCGCCUUACCGUCGCGCCUGCCUCUGCCCAAACCCGAUGCCCCACCAUCCCCAGCCGUGGAACGCCGCCCAGACCAUCUCCGUUCCGCCACCACUCGUCACCGCGACCACAGCCUCUCCGUCCACCAUCGUCUCCUGGACCGAGCUAAGGCCACCGCGAACCACCACCCUACUUCUCAGUCUCCACCACUGUGGCCUCGCCUUCACCCAGCCCAACAAAUCCAACCGAUGCCGUCAUCUCCUCCUCUCAUUUAAAAUUGUUUGUUUGGGUGAUACCCUAGCCAUUGUUAAGGUGUAUGUUACAACUGUAAUGGUCCUGGAGACCGCACUUAUCCUCCCAACUAAUGCUGGAGCGAAAAUUCUCGGUGAUGUACUCGACAGAGAUAAUAUCGAGUGGAUUUACCAGGAUUUGGUUCGCCGCCCGUGAUUGCAGCCUCCAUGAUUCUGCACUCGACUUGCUGGGUCAUUCAUAGUAGUGUUUAUGAGUUGCCCUUAAG